CGUUUUGCAGCUGUUCGUUCGAAACGCAAAAAGGUCAAUGGAGUGUUAUGAGACCAAGAUAAUGAACCCUACCACCAACUCUUCGGUAUUAGUAGGUGAAUCAAGCUCAUCAGAUACCAAAGAAUAUAGACCUCCCAUCACCGCGGCUAAAGAACAAUCUGAGCAGAUUUCUGAUACACCAUUUACACCGAGAAUGACUUUCCUGGUUUCAUGGGUAUCGUUAUUGGCAUGGAUAUUUCCACUACUCAUUUUGGGAGUCAUGAUUGCACCUGCGACUGCAUCAACCCAGUUCCUUGCUACAAACUCGACCCAAACUCUUAACCUGAUCGAAGGUACCAAUGCAACAAUCAACUUCGACCACCUCAAGUGUCCUCCACCAGCUGUUCCAUAUUACACGUUCAGGUAUCUAACCGAGGAGCAGCCAUUCUGUUGUAAGUCCCAAGUUUCCCAUUCCUUAAUGAGUGGAGGUCUCAAGGAACAAGAUCAAGAAGCCAGGUUUUCUGUAGAAGGUUUUCACCUGGAUGAUACUUUCUCUGCUAUCCUGAACAUACGUAAUGUUUCUGUCCAAGAUGGGGGAUGGAUUGAAUUGGUUUACUUUUUACUGAACCACAAUGACCAUGUCUUCUUAAGAAGAACAGCAGAAAUCAAUGUGCUUAGUCAACCUAAAAAAGUAAAAUGCCAUUUUCUCAGGGAAGAGGCGAGCAAGCACCAUGUUGUGCGAUGUCAUGCUCCUGCUGAAAAUGGCAAGGUGACAAUCAGUUGUUACCAAAAUUUUUCAAGGACUCCACCGAUAGUUGUCUACACGGACAGUGACGAUUUGAUUAGGGCAACAUUUUUGCCUCCACUUGCCGACCAAGUUCAUUGUUGUUCCCAUCUUACCACAAAAAAUGUAACACAGGAGACAUGCGACCAUUCAAUCUUUCGCUAUCCUGAACAAAUCCUCUCACCUAUCUCUAGCACUGUUCUUCCCCCAGUGAUCGAUGAUUCAUUGAACAUUGAUCAUGAUCUGUCAACUGAAGGUUUUAUGCCUUCUAGCUCAGCAGAUCAAGCUAAAUUGUCAGGUCUGACGACACUGUGUCUACAAAUAUUGAUUGCAGUGUGCAGCAGCCUUUUCUUGACAUAGAUUUUAACAUUCGAAUAGGUGAUAGA